UCUUUUGAUCAUUCUCUUGUUUGAUUUUGGACAUGGAUCGGGCUGGACACUAUUUGAGCCGAAGAGUAUACUUGGAGAUUUGGUUCGAAGUAGAGCAAUGGGCCCCAUGGGCGAUGAAAUCAGUAUUCAUUAUGACCAAGAACGUGAUGGAGACUUUCCAGUGUUCUCGCAUGCACUUGAAAAUUUUUCACAAAGGUUGGAUAUCACUCUAGAUAUGGAUGUAGACCUUGCUGAUCAUGAGGGUUUGCUUGAUAGGAGAUACAAAAGAUCCUAGACUCCUUUUUUCUUGGAUGCCGUGGAAAGGGUAAAGUUCCUGAUAAGAUUGAAGAAUUUGUACAAACAUUCGCCGGGACAAAUAUAUACAUACCGUCAUGCUUAUGCUAAUGAUGUGCAAAAUUGGCCUUUGAAAAUGGAGCAAAUAGAAGAAUUGAAAGAGUGGAAAAAAUCUACUUGGCAGCUUCCUUCCAAACCCAAGAAUGUCAAAAACCGCACCAUACUAGAAGUUCCUAUUCGGGAUGCGAUUACCUUGCUAGCAAAUUUGAUUUCUCAUUUUGGUACAAAUAGAAAGAGAUUGGCAGCAGGGGAUGUCAAAAUAUUUCCCACCAAUGUGUUGAUGAAAGGCAAUGAAUAUGCUUUACAGAAAUUUGUAAUUUUGGUUAAUUCUAUACACAAGCAGUUGGUUGAAGAUAAAAAGGCUGGAGCAACAACGGAGAUGAUUGAAGAUAGAGAGCAUGGAGAGCCAUGGGAAUGGGAUGAUAGAGAUGCUUAGGCAAUGUUGGAAGAAAUGAAUUUUGUAUUCCACUUUUGAUGUGAUAUCAACAUGUCUGAAUGGAAACAAAAAUGAUGCUCUGAAUGUCAUAUUGUUCACCAUCUAUUUCUUUAACCAUGAGGCCGGCCCUUUUAAAAUGAAGAUUUUGCUUUGGAGUUUCAGGUCGUCUCGGCCUUGGUCCCAAUACGUCCAGUCAAGUUUCUCUGGUUUUGCAAGCAGUAUGCUGAGGAUGUAUGGGCUGUGGUAGAUGUCUCUAUUGAUGUGGUUCAAGUCUAAAUGCUUCAUGUGUGUGUGUAACACCUGGUGUAUAUGUGUGUGGUGUCAAGUGAACCAUGUGUUUGUUUGGAACUAUGAAGACCCAUGAGUGUGGCUAUUUUCUACUUUCUAGUGUUUAAGUCGGUUUAGGUGUGUCU